GAACUGUACCUCCUGCUCUUAUAUAAACAGCAUCUGCGCAGUCUAUGCUGAAACAGCAUAUCCUCCAUCGUAAGUCAUCGUCUACGGCAUCGACAUUCCAGAUGGCACCACCAUCAAUCCGUUGCGUUAUUUGUUUGAGUCUGAUACCAUUGCUGUUGCUUUCCUCAACUGUUGCCAAGAAGAGAACGUUGCAGAAGCGAAGCUUCACCGCUCUUGGUUGUAUGGGAAUAUACGACAAGGCCAAGUUUGCUCGGCUGAGCAGAGUAUGCGAGGAAUGCUAUAACCUCUACAGACUUCCCAGCGUGCAAGACGAUUGCAGGUCCAACUGCUUCAAAAAUAGCAUGUUUCCGGAUUGUGUGUCAGCCCUGUUACUGGAAUCAGAAGAACAAAAGCUCGACCAUUUUGUGAAUUAUUUGUAUGGAAAGAAAAAGUGAUUCUUCGAUAUUAAUUCCAGCAUUACCUACCAUUCUCAAACAAGAAAAAA